GGGGUUUUCUUGCUGGGUAUUGCAAUCUGAAGAGGUACWUCUCUUGAGCGGAGCACAUUUGUACUCUCGCUAGAAAAGCGGCCCAUAGCGAAACCUCAUCUACAGCUAUCUCGAUCAUCCAGCUGUGUUAUUUACAAUGCCUCUGUGCUGCAAAAAGAAACCACUGGAGAAAAAGCUCGAGCCUCUCGUGGACUAUCCUGAUGGAGGAUGGGGAUGGCUAGUAUGCUUGGCAACGUUCACAACGCAAUUUAUUGUAUUAGGGACUAUGAACAAUUUUGGCGUUAUGUACGUUGAACUCCUGAAAGAAUUUAAAGUAGGCAAGGCUGAAGCAGCAUGGGUAGGGUCCAUCACAUACGGUAUGAUGUUCCUACUUGGCCCUCUUGGUACUACCCUCUGCAAAAAAAUUGGAUGUAGACUUACAACUAUGAUAGGGUGCUCCAUAGCUUCRGUAGCAUGCCUUCUGGGUUCCUUUUCUCCUAACAUCUAUGUCAUGGACUUUACUUAUGGCCUAAUGUUUGGUAUAGGGGCCAGUAUGUGUUAUUUCCCUACUGUUAUCAUCCUUGGCACCUACUUCAAUAAGAAACUGUCCCUUGCCAAUGGACUGACAUCCUCUGGUAGUGGUGUUGGGUCCUURGCAAUGGGUCCUGUUAUGCAGUUCCUGUUGAAUCAGUUUGGGAUGCGGAACACAAUGCGCAUAUCAGCUGCCAUGAUGGCCUCAAUCCUGUUGAUUUCCGUAGUAUAUAGGCCAAUCAAUACWCCGUUCCUGAAYGCUGACAAGUAUGACACAAAAAAGAAGGAAGCUGAGAAGAAAAAGGGAAUCUUUAGCUUCUUGGACUUCAGUCUUUUCAAAAACAAAGCUUACAUACUGUGGUGUGCAUCAUUGUCAUUUUGGAUGUUAGGUUACUUUGUUCCAUUUGUCCACUUGAUACGUCUUGCCACCCUGCAAGGAGUCGACAUGUUCAAAGCAACCCUUCUUAUUGGAAUGAUGUCCGUUGGAUCAACAGUUGGUCGUCUGUUUUUUGGAAAGAUUGCUGACCAUCCAAGAGUCAACAGACUCUACUUAUAUCAAUUUUCCUUCUUAAUGAUUGGGAUAAGUAACACCAUCUGUCCACUUAUGAAGACUUAUCCUGGUCUGGCCUUUUAUGCUACAUUCUUUGGGUUCUUUGAGGGAUGUUAUGUGCUGUUGGCUCCAGUCCUUACUGGAGAUAUUGUUGGACGUAACAGAAUGGCCAUUGGUGUUGGAGUUCUGUUUGCAGUUAAGUCAGUGCCACUAACCCUUGGACCACCCAUUGCAGGCUUUAUUUAUGAUGCCUCUAAUUCCUAUGAAGUAGCUUUCUAUGUUGCUGGUGCAGUCCCCAUCAUAGCUGCCUGCAUGAUGUUUGGCAUUCCAUUCCUAAUGCCUAAGGAGGAAGAUCACCCUGACAGCAAAAACUAUGGCAAAUUUGAAGUGAUCAUGGAUGAAAAAGACCAAGAAUUUGAAGACAGAAGUUCUGGUUAUGACUCACAAAUACGCUUACCCCAAAUGCAUAUUGAUCCACCAACGCCUACGCUACCACCACAAUCACUUAAAUCUGAAUCUCUUCCACAUCUUGCACCUUUGGUCCAUACUCCACAAAGGCAAACUGGUGACUACUCAGUCAACGCACAUCCGCUACCACUUCCUAAACACUUGCGUCCCCAUUCUAUCUACAGUGUACGCAGUAUGGAUGGUUCCCAUAUUAGUGUUAAUAGCAUCUUAAGUAGGGCUGGACCAAGCACUCUUACAUUGCCAACAAUACAGGAGACUAAUGAUGGUAGCCGCUGUACUGUAAGAACUGCUGGCUUGUUUGAGCUUCAAAGAGAACUUAGUCCAUCAGUCUUUUCUCUUGUGAGGAGGCGAUUGGACCUAAAAAUGCCUAAGCAGCCAUCUACCUUAGCCUUACCCAAACAGAUUUCUGCCAGUAAAUAUGGUGGAAGUAUUGGGUGUUUGUCAAUACCAGGAAAUGCUCCUCCUAUGUCUUAUGACGAAGCUGUUGCAAACAUUGAACAACAAGAAAAGGAAGUUAUGCUUGGCGCUUUGACAAGUGUUUGAAGAACUGAAACUUAACUUUCAGUGUGGAAAAAAGUUUCAUGAGUUCUUGGAUGUCUGCUAACUUCAUGAUUGUAUUGCAACAGGAAUAUAACAUGAAGGGAAAAUAUCAAUCAGAGUUGCAUCAUGGUCUUAGUGAUGAAGGAACAUGUUCUACUGACGUUUAUACUCAGUAACAGACUAUGACAUUUUUUAUUUUGGCUUAUAUCAAAGCCAUUGCAAACAAAAAUGCACCCAGCUGCAUUUCUUAAUUACAUGAGCAUACUUGCAAUGUUAAUGUUGAAUCACAUUUACAUGUUAAUCGUUCAUUAGGUAUCGUUCAUUAUCACCACUUUUCAAUUUCAGUUUAUAACAGUUAUACCUACCUUCAAAUCUUAUGGUCAAACUUCAAAAAAACUUGACCUUAAGAUUUGAAUAUGUAGUAAGAAAGUAUGACAAAUUACCAUUGSCAAAAGAAUAAGUUAUUUGUUUAUGGCUGCAUUAGUCAAAAUGGAGUAGUAGUUAGUAAACUUAAAUGUAGGUGUAUAUGUGUGUGUAUUGUUAUAUUCUGUGGUAUUUAUAACAUGUGUUUUUUGUGUUUAUCAAAUCAAUCAUUACAGAUUGAAAGACCAUACAGAAAAGAAAUAUGUCUCUAUUUUGCAAUUUUUAAAUUAAAAAGCUUUUAUCAUAAUACAAGAAAAGUUGAUUGGUCUUUGUUCAGAAAAUAUAUUUAUUUUGAGUUUGAUGAAAUUUAUGAGAAAUAAAAUGUGUUCUGGCUAUAGUGUUUUUGUUGUUUAGUUAUAAUAYUUGUUUGUCUUCUGUUGAGUUUAGUAGUUGUUUUAAGUUUGACUAUGCAGCUAUAAUCGAUAUAUAACUUUGAGUUUAUGGGUGAAAAAAAUUAAGACAGAAAUAUAUUUAUAAGUUUACUAAAUAACUCAUUUUAGAGUUGCUAUUCUUAAGAUCAUAAUUGUAGUUUCAAGCAAGGAUGUUAUUCCUKAAAGCUUGUUUUAGAGCUUAAUAGUGAGAAAACAAGACAUGGAAGAUUUAAUCAACAGCUUUCUUAUUUGGGGAAAUUGACAAUAUUUUGCUACWGAUCAUAAAAAAAACAUUUUAUACUUGCAGACCACCGACAUCUCUAACAAAACAUCUAAACAUUCAAAGUGAUUUUCAUGAGCCUAAGCUUAAAGAUAGUUCAAGCCCUGAGGUUCAUCCCAUAAUAUCAGAUGGAGCAAAACUGAAAAAAUUGCAAAGUAARUUGCAGUAGAAGCAGGACCUUAUGAAAACCACUUUGUCUAUCAUUGACAGCACAGAAGCACUACUACAAACUGAUAGAGAGGUUUUCUGUGUCAAUCUGUGAAAAAAGUCAGAAUUAUUACUGGCUGCUAGGUUAGUUUAUCAACAAGAAAACAAUAGAUUUAGAGUCUAGUAAGAAUUAUUAACUGGCAAUAAUUAUCAGCAUUAGUUUGAAAUGUUUUCACAGAUAAAGGAAAACUACUCUAAUGAAAAAUGAAAUGUUUGCAUUCUCUACACUUACCUAUUUUGAAGCAUACACAGUUUUCGACAAGAAAGCCAGGAUUAAAUUUGAAGGUUUAUAAGUAUUUUGACAUAUUUUAAAAUUCAAUUAUUACUUGUGCUAUUAGCAACUUUUAUUGUUCCAAUUCAUACUAAUAAGAUAAAAAAAUAAUAAUGCUAAGGUCCAGCAAACAGAGAUAGUGGGAUAUAUAUUUUCAGAGAGUCAUUGUUAAAUAGAACAAGGAUCUUACAUUAAAACCAAAGAUAAAAAUAAAAAUAUUUUUAAAAGUGAAAA